GACUUCGGAGCGUCUAUGAAUUGUGCAUCUUCUGUCUUUGCCGUGUCGAACUUCCAGACUUUGUUUCUCUGGCUCUUGCAGGCUCAUCGGAACCUGUCUCAGCUCCCAAAUUUCGCCUUCUCUGUGCCGUUGGCUUAUUUCCUGCUGAGUCAGCAAGCAGACCUCCCCGAGCAGGAGCUCAGCUCUGCAAGGGAGCAGGCCUCUAUCCUGAUCCGACAGGCGCUCACCAUGUUCCCUGGAGUCCUCCUGCCUCUGCUCGAGUACUGCAGCAUGCGGCCCGAUCCUGCUGUCGCCACUCACCGCUUCUUUGGACCGGAUGCCGAGAUCAGCCAGCCCCCUGCCCUGAGCCAGCUGGUGAGCCUCUACCUCGGAAGGUCGCACUUCCUCUGGAAGGAGCCCGCCACCAUGAGCUGGCUAGAGGAGAACGUCCGCGAGGUUCUGCAGGCGGUGGACUCUGGGGACCCCGCGGUGGAAGCAUGUGAGAGCAGGCGAAAGCUGCUCUACCAGCGUGCGCCCAGAAACAUCCACCGCCACGUGGUCCUGUCCGAGGUCAAGGAAGCUGUUGCCGCCCUCCCCCCGGACGUGACCACGCAGUCUGUGAUGGGCUUUGACCCUCUGCCUCCCUUGGACACCAUCUACUCCUACGUCAGACCAGAGAGGCUGAGUCCUGUCAGCCAUGGAAACACAAUUGCGCUCUUCUUCCGGUCUUUGUUGCCCAAUUAUACCAUGGAGGGGGAGAGGAUGGAGGAUGGAGGGGCUGGGGGUCUGAACCGCAAUCAAGGCUUGAACAGGCUGAUGCUGGCCGUGCGAGACAUGAUGGCCAACUUCCACUUCCACGACGUGGAGGCAGCUCGCGAGGACAACCCCGAGGGGGACGGGGAGUGGGACUGAGCCCGCGUCCAUGCCGUGCCCCAACGCUGUACAAUUAUGUUUCUGAUUGCUCUUCUGGUCGGAAUUGGCCAGUUCCCUGGAGUAGAAAUGCUGAUGUGUCGUCCGCCUGCCACCUUUGUGUCUCCUAUAAAUGUGAAUGGGUUACGCUC